GUAAUCCGCCUUUUCCGUCGGCCAUGACAGAGCCUGAGAAGCAGUAUUGCUCAAGCUGUAGAGCUAGCAAACCUGUCUCGGCAUUUAAACAAACCGCUGGAGGUUACACAAAGACCUGUGUUACUUGUGCUGCCAAAAGAAAAGUCAGAAAGAGGCUUGCUGGCAGAGGUUCUAAGGCUGCGACAGCGGAUCAACAAACCGAACAUUCAAUCCUCGAUUCAGAAGAAGACUCAACGGCUUACUUCGAUCUUUCGCAAAUCCCAUUGGAGGACUUUUUAUCACUCAUUCGAACCAGACAAGACCUGUCUUCAGUGGUGGCACGGGUUGACACUACAUUAGUAUCUGUCUCGGGUACCGACAAUAACUUGCGCAGCACAGCAGACAGGAUAGUUGAAUGUAUAUGGGCAACAACCGGAUACCGAUUCACGUACCAGUCCAAGUAUAAGCGCAGACGUACACCGUCAGUUACCUUUCAUUACCAUUGCUGCCAAAGUAGUCGACGCCAACAUAAACCAAAGAAAACACAAGGGGAGGAAGUGAAACAACGAGACAAGCUCAUGAUGGACUCGUUCCCAUGUGAUGGAUGGAUUCAUUUAACUCUUAUCGAUGGGCUCCAUGAGGCAUACAUCACGGUCAAGCAUAAAGUUCCACAUGUGGUGUAUCGGUUGAAUAAUAUUCCUGGAAAUGUCAGGACCUUUGUUCAAGGGAAUCGACCACUGGCGGGAGAAGUCGAGAAACAAGCGGCUGUGUUGGAGAAUGUGGAGAAUGUGAUCGAAGUCGACGAUCUUCCAGUACCUCUCGGAACAAACCAUAUGGACUUACCAGCAAUGAGUAGCGAGGUGGAGUCUCAACUCUCCGAGCCGCCAACUACUAGUAGCGGUGCCGCUGCACCGUCAAACUAUGAAGAGGAAGAGAUCAGCCGCAAAGAGCUUGACGAAAUUAUUGAGAAAAUGCUGGAACGCGCGAGAGUGUUUGAAACUGCGGCGAAAAUUAUUCGAGAACAGGCGCUACUGCCCGGAAAUGGAGUCUGGUUCAAGAGCCUUGCGCGACGCGACAUAGGAAAAGAUGUCAGUGACUUUGUUGCUGAGAUGAAGAAUUUAAAAUAUGGACACAAUGAGAAAGGAGGGCUGUAAUGCGAGAAUGACUUAGAAAGACAAGUAAAACUGGUAGUCAGGAAUCAUAAUCGAGAUUGGCAAUAUGUAAUAGAUGUUUAAAAAAGCUAGAGGAAAUUUGAAUCAGAGGGAAUCACAGAUGUAAUAGAGAACAUAUGAUAGAAUACCA